CUCUUAAAAUAGCUUUGUCGAUUUCAUUUUGCUCAAGUAGUGAAGAUCCAGAUGAUCCAAAAUAUUCUCCAACUAAUAAUGACCAUGAUGAUAAUUAUUUAACAACCUUUGAUUUACCAAAUAACGAUCUUGAUUCUUCAACUGACCAACCAAAUAAUGAAAGUUCGGAAUUAAAAGUAAAAGUUAUUAUUAAGAUCAAUAAUUCUACACCAUUGCCAAAAAAAUGA